AUGGUAUCUCAAGGUACAAAUUAUGUCGUAUGGAAUUUUGCUUUCGUCAUUGUCAUUUUUAUCCUAUUCACUCCAAAACUUAGUUGUGCCAAACAAUCCAAAUUAAUGGAUUUGAAUAUGAAUAUGAUUGAUAAUUGCUGGAGGCCAUAUCCUGAAUGGAGGAGACAUAAGCAACAAAUAGCGACUUGCUCUGUAGGAUAUGCUGGAAAAAUGAUAAACAACAUUGGUAAGGACCUUAUACAUUAUAAAGUUACCGACCCAAAUGAUGAUCCUAUGAAUCCAAAAAUGGGUACAUUGAGAUAUGGAGCCUCUGUAAUUCAAGGUAAAGUAUGGAUCACAUUUCAAAAAGACAUGAACAUUAGACUCCUGAAACCCCUUCUCAUUAGUAGUUUCACUACCAUUGAUGGUCGCGGUGUCAAUAUCCAUAUUGCAGACAAUGCAUGUUUAAUGAUAUUCAAGGCCACCGACAUAAUAAUUCAUAGUAUUCGAAUUCAUCACUGCAAAGCUCAAACCUCGGGGAUGGUGAUGGGGCCUAAUGGAAAGGUAAUUCAUUUGGGUCCCGUUGAUGGAGAUGCAAUAAGAUUGGUUACUGCUUCAAAAAUUUGGAUUGAUCAUAAUACACUUUAUGAUUGCGAAGAUGGUCUUCUUGAUGUCACUCGAGGUUCUAGUAAUGUGACUAUAUCCAAUAAUUGGUUUAGAGAACAAGAUAAAGUUAUGCUUCUUGGUCAUGAUGAUGGAUAUGUGAGAGACAAAAACAUGAAGGUUACUGUUCUGUAUAAUUAUUUUGGACCUAACUGCAACCAACGAAUGCCUAGGAUUCGUCAUGGAUAUGCACAUGUAGCGAAUAAUCUUUAUUUAGGAUGGGUGCAAUAUGCCAUUGGUGGAAGUAUGGAACCUAGUCUAAAAAGUGAAUCUAACCUCUUUAUAGCACCAAAAGUUGGGAGUAAGGAGGUAACAUGGAGAAACAUUGGUCAAACAAAUGGGAACAAAUGGGAAUUUCAUUCAAUAAGAGAUGCAUUUGAAAAUGGAGCCUCUUUUGCGGUAACAAAAGGUGGACGUGUGCCAAAGCCAAAUUACAACAAAGAACAAAGUUUUAAAGUUGUUGAUGUUAAAUAUGUUAGAUCAUUGACAAGAAUAUCAGGCGCAUUUCAAUGCAGUAGAACCUCUAUAUGUUAA